CGAUAAAGACUUGAAAACCAAUUGAAAAACAUAUAUAUAAGAUGUAUAAAACACCAUAUAUCACUAGGUCAUUUAGAAAUUUAAACUAAUUUGCUAUAUAAAUAUCACGCCAUCCCCAUUAGUUUUACACAUCUAUCUUUUAAGUUUUCAUAUGUUUUUAAUCGUUCUAAUUUAAAUUCUACUUUUGUGAUCUUGCGCAGGUGUAUGAUAAUCAAUAAGUAACUCAUAGACGGGAACACCAUUACUGGUAAUUUUAUGGGGGGAUUCUUCUUCUCCGUUUAUUUUUAUUCUCUUCCUCUCCAUAUUGUAUUUCUAUCUAUAUUUUUGCAUCAGUAGUGAUUCAACUAACAAAAAGAGACGACUCUGUUUAUCCUGGAACUGAUCAUCCCUUUCGAAAAAGGUAAUUCUUUUUUUAUGAAGUUAAAUCACAUAGCAAGAAUAUAAUAUAAGAUGUGUAUGCAGUGGCGGAUGUAGAAUCAGAUUUAAUGGGGGGCACAGAAAAAAAUUUCACUGUAUUUUGUUUUCAGGUUGGGGGCACUUCUAUACUCUUAUAGUAAUUGUUAAAGAAAAUAAAAAAAUUAGUUGGGGGAACGUGCCCCCGUACGUUACACUAUGUGUCCGCCCAUGUGUGUAUGCUAAUCAAGUGCAAUUUAUUUAUUGUGUGUGAUCCUCUUCAGGUACGUCUGAGAGCCAAAGAUAAUCUCAAAGCUUUUUAAAAACUUUGAAACUCAUUGACGCUGUCCUAUCAAUUAUAUAAUUUGUUAUCUUUUGGAGAUUGUUUACAUCUUUAAAAAAUUUUGUUAGAAUAACCUCUUUUUUGACUCAAGGCUUAGAGAAAGAAACCGUAAAUCAUCUAUGUUGUUACAAUGAAACCAAUGAUAAUAAAUCUCAGGUAAUUCAAAUCUCUCUUUUAUAUUUCAUGGCUGAUUUUUAUAUUGGGGAUAUGCGUGAAAUAUUUGUUUUUUCUCAAUUAUAUUUUUCUGAUGUUUUAAGAUUAGUGUUAAAUGUGAUCGUUUGAAGCAUAAUGCAUUUUCAGAACACACCUCCAUGAUAAACACUUCUAUGUAAAUUGUGUCAAUUAUGUUAGUGAUUUUGCAUCUGAGUAUUGUGACUGAUGUUCCAAGAGAGAAAGCGUAUCAUCUCAAACCGAGAUUGUUAGGAAAGGUAAUUGGUUUAUAGAUGUAAUUUGAUAAUUGACAUCUAAAGGAUACAUUUUAUUAGAUAGUACCAAGCAGUCCUUUUAAACUUUUUGAACUCUAACUUUUUGAACUAACAGAAUGAUCAUGCUUAACUAUAAGCAGUUCAAAAAGUUAUGUAUCUAAAGGAUACGUUUUAUCAUAUAUAAAUGAUACGUUUUAUUAGAUAGUACCAAGCAGUCAUUUUAAACUCAAACAAUGCCAUGUUCUGAGUUGUACACAUUGUAUUGACCUUUUUUUUCCUUGCGGUGUGUAUUCAGAUAGCAUUAGUGAAGUGCAAAUAUGAAGUAAUAUCAACCAAAAUUAAGAAAAGUCUUUUAAAAGCAGAGAUAAUCACAUGGACCUAUCUUGAACAUGGCAAACAACCAGCAGUUUUGCCAGACCCGAAUUUCUUAAACAAGUUUUCUACUUUCUAUUUUCUUAUUAUUUAGUUUCACCUGAUGAGAAUUUUGAAUCACACUCUUGACAUUUUAAAAUUUAUAUUAUUUGUUUGUGUAAUGGUGCAGAGGUUUCAAUGAAACCGGCUUAUCCUUCUUCCAAGAAAGUAAAGGACUAUGACAAGCUUGGUCUUACACAUAAACAAGUGGAUUGCAAUGACCUUUUGUUUUUAAGAAAGUGGAUUUCAUUUUGACAGUACAAAUACAUACAGUAUAUGGAUAAUUUGGGAAAUAAUUCCAUAAGAAUAUACCAAUACAUACUAUAAAAGAUAUUUUUAGUAAGUGGCAUCCGAUUAUAAGAAGGGCUUAUUUAGGGAAUAACCAAAAAAAAGAGAAAUUAGAUUUUGAGAGAGAGAGAGAAGAGAGAGAUAGGAAGAGAAAAGAGGAGAGAGAAUGAGAUUUUAGUUAGAUAGUGAAUUUUGGUUUUUUUCUUAGUUAUUGGAUACAAUUUCUCUUAUAAGAAUAUACCAAUAUUUGUUAACCUUAAAAUAAAAUAUUGAUCUGGUAUAUGAGAUACUAUUUUUGAUACAAUAUUAAAUAAAAAUGACAAAAUACCAGAUAAUCAAUAUUCCGUUGCGAACGUCAUGGUGAGGCAAGAGAGAGAAGAGAGGAGGUUGUGGAAAAGUCUGUUAUGGUGUUCUGUUUUGUUCUGUUUUUUUUUUUUAAACAUACAUCGUGUUCUGUUUGUUGCAAGACGGCUAACAGAAGAGUAUACCAAACUCGGUCUUCGUCUUCUUCAAUCCCGUCUGAAUAAUCAAACAAUUUUCCAGAUUCAGAUUAUCUCUCCAUGGCAACUUUUCAUAGCUUCCGAAAAGCCGUUGGAGCCCUUAAAGAUUCCACAACAGUCAGUAUCGCAAAGGUCAACAGCGAAUUUAAGGAUUUGGAUGUUGCGAUCGUCAAAUCCACAAAUCACGUCGAAUCUGCUCCCAAAGAACGCCAUAUUCGCAAAAUAUUCUCUGCAACAUCUGCGAUACGACCACGAGCAGAUGUUGCUUACUGCAUUCACGCACUAGCCAAGAGACUAUCUAGAACUCACAAUUGGGUUGUGGCUAUUAAGGUUUUGAUAGUCAUUCAUAGAACACUAAGAGAAGGUGAUCCAACAUUCAGAGAUGAGCUUCUCAAUUAUUCACACAGAGGACAUAUACUUCGUAUAUCCAACUUCAAAGACGAUACAAGUCCUCUAGCUUGGGAUUGUUCUGCAUGGAUUAGAACCUACGCGCUUUUCCUAGAAGAGAGGCUUGAAUGCUACCGUGUUUUGAAGUAUGACAUAGAAGCAGAACGUUUACCAAAAGGUUCAGGUGCAUCUUCAAAGAACGUGGAUCUCAAUGCUUCUCAAACGUAUAGAACAAGGAUGUUAUCUAAUGAAGAACUGCUUGAGCAGUUGCCUGCUUUACAGCAGCUUCUUUUCAGACUUACCGGUUGUAAGCCUGAAGGAGCAGGCUAUAGCAACUACCUAAUCCAAUACGCUCUUGCAUUGGUGCUUAAAGAAAGCUUCAAAAUAUACUGUGCCAUUAAUGAUGGAAUCAUUAAUCUUGUAGACUUGUUCUUUGAGAUGUCAAGACAUGAUGCAGUUAAAGCUCUAAAUAUAUACAAACGAGCUGGCCAACAGGCUGAAAACCUGGCUGAUUUUUAUGAACACUGCAAAAGUCUAGAGCUGGCAAGGAACUUUCAGUUCCCAACAUUGAGACAGCCUCCUCCGUCUUUUCUUACAACAAUGGAAGAAUACAUUAAAGAAGCGCCUCAAAGUGGUUCUGUACAGAAAAAGCUGGAGUAUCAUGAAAAAGGGGAGGAAGAAGAACAAGAUGAAGAAGAAGAAGAACAGUCUGCUCAGCCUGAAGAACCUGCAGAAACAGAAAAUCAAAAUGAAAACACCGAAGGAGACCAGCCUCUUAUUGAAGAAGAGGAAGAGGAGACAGAACAAAUAGAAGAAGAUACUAAACCUUCUUUCUUGAUAGACACGGAUGACUUGCUGGGCCUGAGUGAGAUAAACCCAAAAGCCACAGAGAUAGAAGACCGCAAUGCAUUGGCUCUGGCAAUAUAUCCACCAGGUCAUGAAGCUCCAGGUCCAUCCACCAGUUUAAGCUUAAUAGAAACCGGUGGAUCCGGUUGGGAACUAGCACUUGUCACUCCUCAAAACAACAACAACAACAACAACAUUCCUCGUCCUGCUCCUGACACCAAAUAUGCGGGAGGAUUCGACAAGCUAUUGCUUGAUAGUCUUUACGAGGAUGAUUCAGCGAGGAGACAGAUACAACUAACAAAUGCUGGCUAUGGACAUGGUGGUACUGAGACAGCAGGCGCAGCACCACCACAAAACCCAUUCGAGAUGCAACAAGAUCCCUUUGCAAUGUCAAACAACAUUGCUCCUCCAACUAACGUUCAAAUGGCAAUGCAGCAACAACAGCAACAACAGAUGAUGAUGAUGCAUCAAAGUCCCUACAAUUACUCUCAUCCCCAUGAUCAUCAUCAGUUCUCAGCUGCAGGUCCUUCUCCUUCUAACCCUUUUGGAGACCAUUUCCUUGCCCUCCCACCUCCUCCAGGCUCAUCUGGUCAGAUGCAGCAGCAAAACAGCCAUCAUCAUAUGCUCCUCUAGAGUGAUAAAUAAGAGCUGUAUUCAGCUUCUCACUCUCUCAUGCAUGGUUUGAGUGUUGUCUUUUGAAUAUUUAUUCAGGGUGCUAUUCUUUCAUUCUUACUAGAUACCUACUUCUUGUCACUGGUGAUUUCUUAAUUUGAUUAUAUAAACCGGUCAAAUGCUCAAAAAAGGUGGAUUAAACUCAA